AUGGUGGUCUCAAAUCUGAUGGAGUCAAUCUCCAGGGUUUGGCCCUUCAGCCGAGUCUUAGAGUUGACCGAUGAGGGCUACUUCGUGAACCCCCAAAUGAGCGACAGCGACCUCGACACGGAAGCCGACGACGGCGAUGCUACCGAUACAAUUGAUGAGGCCAUGGCCCAUGACACUGCUACACCGUCUGCGAUCCAAUCAUUCCUCUCGACCGGGUGGCUUCCUGGACUGCCAGGACAGUACGAUUCUUCUCCCACCGCGGGACACGAGGGUGACGCCCAGUAUGAUGACGACCAUGACAACGAGCCAAACGGAACCACUGAGGUUGCUCCAAUCAGUGCUUUCUCACACGGAAACUCCAACAUCGACGAAAUGCACGGCCAGAAUGUCCUCAGUGCGCUCGAGGAGAGCGAUUCAGACUCGCAAGAGACCGACGAGGACUCCACCAACGACACCAGGAUUGCCAAAGAGGCCUCAAUGGUGGAGAACGACGACCUCGAAUCCCAACUGUUCAAGCACAACCCGUGGCGGACUCUUGCGAGAUUCCGCAACCCCAUGAGGCAGGCGGACGUCUCCCUGUACUCUCGCUUCCCCAUUCUGCGCAUGCCAGCCGAGCUUCUCUUCAUUGUGGCUGAGCACCUGCCCAUUGAAUCCGCCGCCUGCCUUGCGCUUGCAUGCAAGACGACGUACCUGGCCCUGGGAGCCGGCUGGUUCAGGAUGCCGAAGCCCAAUCUCUGGAACUUCCUCCUCAUCAUCGAACACGAACGCCUGAAUUCAUUCGCCUGUCCCCGUUGUCUCAAGCUCCACCGACCUCCGAACUCUUUCUCCGGGUAUCACAGUCACCGGUGCAGCGUUUCGCGUGUGCUGGACACCGGCCUACCUGAUACCAUUUCGCCCGGACUAGUCAAGAUGAUUGGGAGAAAGUACUUCGAGGAUCCCAGGGCGGCUCAGGAAUGCCUUUCGUGGGUCACAAUGGCUGCCAAGAAGACGACUCGGCAUAUCAAGCUCGCUACGCAUGUCAUCCCGCGAAUGCUGGACGGGAGUCUGUUGCUCCGGACUGAGACCUACAUUCAUCCUUUCCGCAACGGCAAUUUGACAGAGCGCUCCCUCAUGGAAAUGAUAUACCACAUCGUAGUGCUCUGCGGGUUUUUUCACAACAAGCUUCCUCCAGUGUGCGACCAUCAGGAGUGGGAAUCCCUUCUCCCAAAUCUUCCCACACUGUGGAAGUCUAUCCAGCCAACCAGAUGUGUCUGCGGCAGCAGUACAAGCAGCGGCAAGAGACACAUGUUACGCUGCUAUCCCACCAAGAGAAUGUUCAGCCCGCCAGCUCGUGGUCUCAGGUCGCCAAACAUAGCAUGCUUCCUCACCCACAAGCAGCCCUGCAAAUCCUGCAAGCGAAAUGCCGACGAUCUCUACGAGGGUGAGAUAAAGGGCUGCAAGAAGUGCGCGACCGACUUCUGCAUCUCUGCUCGUAAGGUGCCCGAAGUAGGCACUUGCCUGGUGCUCACCUCCUGGAAGAAUAUCGGCGGCGUCGGACCAGGCGAUGCCGACAACUGGGACCGUCACGUCACGAGUCGCCGUUCGCCUUAUGGCAUGAUCGAGGAUGACUUUCGAUCGGAUCGCCAGGUGGGCAAGGUUUACAAGGCAUUUGAGAACAUCACGGGCGGCAGGGCCGGACGCCUUAAGCCCUACAGCCCGCAGACGGACUCGAAGAUGGUUCGAGAUCUCACCCGCCGCGUACGAAAGUAUAGGCACAACGCGGAUGAUACCACAGACGCCGAGGCCUUGACGGCAAGUGAGGCAAGUGAGGAAGAUGAGGACAGUUCGUGA